AUGAGGACAGAUGGACGAUGGAUGGUGCCGGCACCUUCUCUACAGGUGCUGGGCUUUCGUGUUGGUUGUGGUUCUAGCACUCAGCCUCCCAGGGCUUUCCACCUCCCUGCUGCUGGAGCCAGCUUCACUGCCCAGCUCACGCCUGGAAUGAGCCCUGCCGUGACCCUGCCAUUUUCCUCCAUGGCCACCCAGCCACCCAGGUCCGGUGGCCCAGCAGGGUAUGACGGGCGCCAGCCCCAUUCCAACCAGGACUUCGAUUAUGACAGCAGAUCCCUGGAGUCUGAGGCACAGCCAGCCAGCGGCCCAUCCUCCAGUUACACCUAACCCUCAGCAUCCAGCAUCCAGGCCUCCAUCUUUGUGUCCACCCUGCCUUCCUCAUCCUCAACCUCCUAUAGCUUUGCCUCCACCCUGUUCUCAGGACUAAGCUACCCAAGCUGUGACAUGUCAGCAGCCCGUCCUUACGAUGCUCCACUGCUCCCCCCACAGUUGCAACCUCCACCACCUCCACUCCCAAAGCCUGAGGACUUGUCCCUGUGGGGUGGCUCAGGGAACAGCUCCAGUGUCACUUCUUCCAGCAGCUUCCUGAAGAAGCCACCGGUUCCCACCAGGCUGCUGAAACCCAAGGGUUGGCCCAGGCACCCCCCGCUUCACUACUGUGACAUCUGCAAGAUCAGCUGUGCUGGUGCCCAGAUGGAAAAACUGAGGUUGUAUGACACAGCUCUUUCAGGGCCUCGCGAGCCACGGCAGUGGCUGCAGACCCUUGAGGGGAAACUGGCACACAAGUCAGAGAGGCCAGGACAGCUGCCCACCCAAGGAGGCUCGGAGGCCUCUGGAAGGGGCUGUGACUCACAGCCAGUGGGCCCAGGCUACAUGCCCGGGCCCACACGCCGGCCGGAAUCCAGUGAUGACCGCCGCGUCUGGUGCAAGCACGCCCCCAUCUAGCCCACAGAGGAGGCGCUCCGGGCUGCCCAGAAGGCUGCUCACUCGGAGUGUGCCCUCAAGCUGGUGUUCGACACAGGGGCGGAGAAGGGCAGGGGCAGAGAGCAGGAGGGGGCUCAGAGGGACGGUAUCGGCCCCUCUGCUCGGAUCCUGAAAGGCGUGAUGCAGGUCGGCCUCCUGGCCAAAGGCCUCCUCCUUCAGGGAGACAGGACAGUGCAGCUAAUCCUGCUCUGCUCCCAGAAGCCCACCCGCCUGCUGCAGAGGGUCACGGAGCAGCUGCCCCGGCAGCUCCUGAUGGUAACGGAGGACAUAGAGGUCUCCUCUGGUCCUGAAGCCAACAUCAUCAUCUCAUCCUGUGAGGAGCCCAGAAUACGGGUCACUGUCUCUGUCACCUUGCCCCUAAUGCCGGAGGAUCCAUCUAUGGACAGAGGUGCAGCCAGGCCCUUCUGUCCAGCCCCCUCCCACACACCAGCCAGGAAGUGUCUCCAGUCGCUGGCCGCCCUCCACCAUGCGAAGUGGUUCCAGGCACGAGCUGGCGGCCCACAGCCCUGUGUAAUCGUCAUCAGGGUUUUUGGGGACCUCCAGCGUGUGCCAACCUGUGGGGCCCUGCCAGACUGGCGCUUGGCUUUCCCCCGAGCGGCUGGCAUCAGCCUGCGUGCCCAGGAGAGGCAGGUCACGGCAGGGGUAUCCCAGGGGCCCCUGGGCACCAGGAAGAGGCCUGCUCUGGAAGCCCUCCAGUGGGAGGGGAACUGGCCACGCGCUCUCCUCAAAGGCAGCGUCUCCUUCUCCAUCCUGCCUGGCCCAGGCCAUGAGCUGCUGGUGGAGAAGGCUCUGAGCAGUGCCCUGGGGCCCCUGAGCCCCGGGGACCCCGUGUGAGGGGUCCUGGAGUGUGUGGCCUCAGGGACACUCAUGACAGAUGGGCCUGGGCUCGGGGCCUGUGAGAGAGACCAGACGGACGCGCUCGAGUCCAUGACCCUCCAGCAGCGGGAAGACAUCACAGCCAGCGCCCAGCACGCCCUGGGCAUGUUGGCAUUUCAGCAGAUCCACAAGAUCCUGGGCAUGGGCCCCCUGCCACCACCCAGAAGCAGGCUGGGUUGCGCUCACUUCCGGAAGAGGCCUCCUGAGGCCUGUGAGGCUGAGGAAGGCCCGAGGAAGCAGGCCAGCUCAGCGGAGAGGGGCUGUGUGAUGGCCCCGCCUCCCCAGCAGGACCUGACCUGCCUCUGAGUGGCUGCUCCAUCCCCCACAUGGGACAGAUAUGUUCUCCUUUCCAGUUAUGUUCCAUGGGUUCCAUUUAAAACACUUGUGCUUUGAUCCUCUGAAAUCGCAUCACCCAGGGAUGAGAACUCUGGGAGGGGCACCACCCCAAGGUGUCCCCAAUGCUGCACAGAAGAUUUAGAAGGUGUAGUGCAGCCCAAGCUGGUUUGGCUCAGUGGAUAGAGCAUCGGCCUGUGGACCGAAGGGUCCCGGGUUCAAUUCCCGUAGAGGGCACGUACCUCAUUUACAGGCUCCUCUCGGGCCUGGGACCUGGUCAGGGCGUGUUCAAGAGGCAACCAAUCGAUGUGUUUCUCACACUGAUGUUUCUCUCUGUCUUUCCCUCUCUCUU